UAGUUUUUUUCCGGGUCGUCAGUGUAUUGACAAGGCUCUAGUAGAUGUAGACACUCUUGUUACAUUUUGUCAGAAUUUAUAAUUUAAUCUCACAAUUUUAAAUGGAUACCUUGGAGGAAGGCCUGAAAAAAGUAACAUUAGACUCAUCUUCCAAUUGUUUUAGUCAUGGAAAAGUUGGUAAGGUGAUACAAAACUUGACCAGGAAUCCAUAUAUGAAUUGUAAAAAAGAGGCGCCAUCCAUUCCACCGAAACCGCUAAAGAAUCGAAAUGAAUUACCCCAGGUUCCAUCCAGCCGUGAGGUAACUGUUUCACGUGAACCUUUGUAUUCACAGCCAUUGAUGGGAGUAGAGAAAAAUAUAUGUUCUAUGUCCCCCGGGAAACCUUCAAAUUUGCACCGGGAGAGUUAUGAAAAUUCAAAUAAAAGUCAAACCACUUUGGAUAACCCAGCAAUACUUGAGCAGCAACUUGAAUCACUAGCUUACCGAAAACUACAAAUGGAAAAAAAUGGUCUAUUAGGACUUCAAAUAAAAUCGUCUCAGAAAUCUAAAACAGUUCCAAAGUUGUCGUCAAGUUCAUUGAGAAACUCCAAUAUAUAUAGCAGCAAAAAUUCAGAAAUAUUUAGGAAAGUAAAAAACAACUUUGAACCUUCUUUAUGUAAUUCAAUGACAACAGGAUACAACACAAAACAGUUUUAUUCAAACGUCAGUUCUUCAGGCUAUAACAACGAUGAAGAUUUACCACCUCCCCCAAGUCCUGUCAGUGCAGUGAGUUCAUCUUAUAGUGAACUUCGUCGGGCCAUCAAGCCAAAAAAUAGUUUGCAAAACAUGGACGAUUCAAGGUCUUUACAAAAGGCGUCUUAUUAUUCUUAUGAUUCUACAUAUGAGCCCAUAAAUCCACGUCUAUCUAGUGAAGCGAUACCUCCAGAAAGUUUAAAUUUUUACUUACCUUAUGCUACUAGUAGUGUUAUGAACAAAACAAAUCGGGUUGGCGAGACUGCUUUAUUUUAUACCCAGGGGGCUGGGUUUACUAAGGACAAUGAAGAAAGCUCUGUGUAUCGAGAAAAAUUUGACGGUGCGCCUAAUAUAUUAAACACAAUUGAUGGAACAAAUGAACUAGAUAAUUAUGGUAUUUGUGUAAAAUGCAACUCGCGCGUGUUAGGAGAAACGAGUGGCUGUACGGCAAUGAGUCAAAUCUUUCAUGUAUCUUGUUUCACGUGUACAGAUUGCCAAAUUAACUUGCAAGGAAAGCCAUUUUAUGCUUUAGAUGGCAAACCAUAUUGUGAAUAUGAUUAUUUGCAAACGCUAGAAAAGUGUUCGGUCUGUAUGGAACCAAUUCUUGAAAGGAUUUUAAGAGCUACAGGAAAGCCGUACCAUCCCCAAUGCUUCACUUGCAUUAUUUGUGGAAAAAGUUUAGAUGGGUUAUUGUUUACUGUUGACGCUACUAAUCAAAAUUAUUGCAUUACGGACUUCCACAAAAAAUUUGCUCCCCGUUGUUGUGUCUGCAAACACCCAAUAAUGCCAGAGUCGGGGCAGGAAGAAACGGUUAGAGUUGUAGCUCUUGAUCGUAGUUUUCACCUUGGAUGCUAUAAAUGUGAGGUAAAUAUAAAGGAUUAUCUUAAACAAAAUAAAAAUUCAAUAAAUGGAUUGCGGUCUUCUGUUAUCGUCUGAAGCUGAAGGUCGCGGAUGCUAUCCUUUGGAUGAUCACAUUUUAUGUAAAAGUUGCAACGCCCAGAGGGUUCAAGUUUUGACAAAGCGGAUGACAUAGAAACAAUACAAUAUAUUAAAAACUUGUACUGUAAAAUUACAAUGCAUUAACUAUUAGGAGGGGGCCCUUUUAGAUUUUUGUUUAUAUUCGAAAAAUAAAUACACAGUGCAAGAGUUUAAUUGUUUAUCAGGCCGAAUAGCACAAAACCGUGUUUUUACCGCUUCAUAGAUUAAAGUUUAUAUUUGAAUAAUAAAAACGUUAGAAUUAGUGUUGAAUAAUGUUCAGAAUUAGUUUUGAAAAAUGCUAGAUGUUAAGCUAUUCGAUAUUUGUAAAAUGGAAAAACGAGGCGUCUGCCAUGGCUAGGUGAAGCUAGCGCGGCGUAGGAAACGGACGAAGUUUUUUAGCGCGCGCCACACAUCAUUGAUUUGAGUAAGAAUAAACGAAAAACUAACCAAAUCCAUGUUGGUUUAAAAAAUCGAGUAGCAACCUCGCCCCGAUCCCAACAUUUCUAAAAAAUACUUCCUCCAAGAACUUCGUUACCUGCUGAUUAAAGCGGAGAAACAGCGUCGCGUCGCUAGCAAUCACAGCUAGACCGG